GUUGCGUCAGUGAGUGGGCGGAGUCGACUAAUGGCUGACGGUUCACGGGGUGAAUUAAAAUUGACAUUCAACUAAAGGACAACAAUCGUGUGAAUAUUCGACGCUUGUACUGUCAUAAGGAUCGAGAAGGUGUACUUACAUAUGGAUACGAUCUGAAAACGCACGUAUUUAGCGUUUUAGGAAGAAAUUAAACGUCUGUUGUUGUUUUUUUCCGUUGGGUCUGCGCGAGUCCAUGUUGACGUUCGCGUGUUUUCUUUGUUGUGAGUGUUUUUUGUAAAUAUCAAUCUAUCGUUUUUACACGUAUUGGUGCGUGUUUUGUCGAGUCGUACCGUUUAAACAGUGUAAACUCGCUGAUGCACACGCAUAGUGUCAAUCGCAGGGUGUGUAAAGCAACUAUAUGAAUUUUCGCUUUGUAAUUCAGCAAGCAAGAACGCAGAUAUCCAAAUUCAACAUGGGAAAAGUUUUUCUUGAGCAAGGCUGAAAAAGACGUAACCAGAUCGAACUUUACAGGCUACUUGCAUUAAGAAGUCCGGGGUUGCCAAGUUUGGGAGUUGCUGAAGGAGCAUUCGUGAUCUCAGAAGGGACUGCGGAACAUUAGGAGUAAUGGUGGUCAAUACGAUCCACUGGUUCAGGAAGGGCUUAAGGCUCCAUGAUAACCCAUCUCUGCGGGACUCUAUAAUAGGAGCCGAUACCCUGAGAUGCGUUUACAUACUGGACCCCUGGUUUGCAGGAUCGUCCAAUGUGGGAAUCAACAGAUGGAGGUUUUUGCUGCAAUGUCUUGAAGACUUAGACGCCAGCCUUCGCAAACUUAACUCCCGCCUCUUUGUCAUCAGAGGACAACCAACGGAUGUCUUUCCGAGACUUUUCAAGGAGUGGAAAAUCACCAGGCUGUCAUAUGAGUACGACUCCGAGCCCUUUGGGAAGGAUCGUGAUGCAGCCAUUAAGAAGCUGGCCACCGAGGCAGGGGUGGAAGUCUUCGUCAGGAUCUCCCACACACUCUAUGAUCUGGACAAGAUCAUUGAGUUAAAUGGAGGACAGUCUCCUCUCACCUAUAAACGAUUUCAGACACUCAUUAGCAGAAUGGAUCCUGUGGAAAUACCAGCGGAGACUAUCACGGCUGAAGUCAUGGGCAAAUGCGCCACACCAGUCAACGACGACCAUGAUGACAAGUUUGGCGUUCCCUCGCUGGAAGAGCUCGGUUUUGAAACAGAUGGGCUGUCCUCGGCUGUGUGGCCUGGGGGAGAAACUGAAGCUCUGACUCGACUAGAGAGACACCUGGAGAGGAAGGCUUGGGUGGCUAAUUUUGAGCGUCCCAGAAUGAAUGCUAAUUCCCUGCUGGCCAGCCCCACAGGCCUGAGCCCUUAUCUCCGGUUUGGCUGCCUCUCCUGCAGACUUUUCUAUUUCAAACUCACAGACCUCUACAGAAAGGUCAAGAAAAAUAGCGUCCCUCCACUGUCUCUUUACGGUCAGCUGCUCUGGCGUGAGUUCUUCUACACGGCUGCCACCAACAACCCACACUUUGACAAAAUGGAGUUCAAUCCCAUCUGCGUGCAGAUCCCGUGGGACAGGAACCCCGAAGCUCUGGCAAAAUGGGCAGAGGGCCGGACUGGUUUCCCGUGGAUUGAUGCCAUAAUGACCCAGUUGAGGCAGGAGGGGUGGAUCCACCAUCUGGCCAGGCAUGCUGUCGCUUGCUUCCUCACACGUGGAGACCUGUGGAUCAGCUGGGAAGAGGGCAUGAAGGUGUUUGAGGAGUUGUUGCUGGAUGCUGACUGGAGCGUCAAUGCUGGAAGCUGGAUGUGGCUUUCGUGCAGCUCAUUCUUCCAGCAGUUCUUUCACUGUUACUGUCCAGUGGGCUUUGGUCGACGUACUGACCCAAAUGGAGACUAUAUAAGACGCUAUUUGCCCAUAUUAAGGGGCUUCCCUGCCAAAUUCAUCUAUGACCCUUGGAAUGCCCCAGAAAGUGUUCAGAAGAUCGCAAAGUGCAUAAUCGGAGUGCACUACCCCAAACCCAUGGUUAAUCACGCUGAGGCCAGCAGGAUAAACAUCGAGCGAAUGAAGCAGAUCUACCAGCAGCUGUCCUGCUACCGGGGCCUUGGGCUCCUUGCAACUGUUCCAUCCAACACAACCAACAAUGGAGAUGGUAACGGAGCAGGUCAUUCCUCAGGAGACAACACACAGGAAUGCCCUCAGAUUACAGUACACCCAUCACCAGCAAAUUCCCAAUCGGAGUUCUCACCGUUUCCAGUGUCAUGUGAUCAACAGUCUAUAAACAUUGUGCAACCACGACCAGGUUACUCAGGUGUUGGUAUGGUUGGACAAGCUCACAAACAGUCACAGAGAGGAAGAGGGACAACUACUUUAAAACGACACCAUGAAGACAGAGCUUCAAGCUGUACAUCGAAGAUUCAGAGGCAUGACAGUAACUAGCUGCAGUGGAUGCAAGGAUUUACACACACCCCUCCUCAGACUAGUGUUUGGACCUGUCCUGAACCGUAGCACGAAGGACAAUGUCUCUGCAUGCCAUAUUAACUCAUCCAUGCUUAGCUUUACCCGUUAUGCUUUAUGCCAUGAUGUCAUUCUGCUUGUAGAGCUCGAGUUAGCAUUGGGGUCAAACGCGGUGGCCCGGGAAACUGUAAACUAAGCCGUUCGACAUGAUAUAAUGUGUGUAGUUACAGCAUUUAAGAUGUCUACGUUUUUGCAAGCUUGUGGAGGAAAGUGUUUUGUAGUAUUCACGCCAUCCAAAUGUCAGAUGUCAGUUUCUCUUUCCAAGUGUGUGUGUAUCUAGCAUACCAUUUUAUGUCCUUGUGUGCAAUGUUGUUUUUUUCUUUUUGGCAAUAACUGUUUUAAAAAAAGCUAUGUAAUAUUAAGAGGGAUUUAUUUGGAAAUUCAUAUCUUAAUCUGGGGCAUACAGGCCACUAAUUGAGAAUCUAUAAACUAGUCGCAAAGAAUUUGAUUGAUUUAUAUGUUCAAUUCUAUUUAUAAGUAGACACGUUAAAUGUCUCAAGUCCAGAGCAAAAAUCUGUGUAUUUAGUCAGAUUUUUGCGUUUUGUAAUGGAGUAACUAUGAUUGAGGCCUGUGGCUCUUAAGCACAAGUGGAUUUGUUUAAAAAACAAACAAAGCCUACUAUGUAUAUAAGCGUAUAUUGUAAGUAAUUCAGUCUGCAAACCAUUGUACAUAACUUUUUCUUGCUUAUUUACAGACUUGCUGUUAUAUUUUUUAUAUGAGAGACAAUACCUUUUUUUGAAUGUUGUAAUGUCUUCUUUAUAAAUCAUCAUUAAAACAUGAUAGACCUGU